AUGGAAAGUAUACCAGAACAUCGAAAAUGGAUGUAUAAUCGAUUGUUACCUGGAAAGAGGGGAAUUACUAAUGAGUUUUUAGCUGGUGUUGAACAAUUUGUUAAGUAUGCAUGUACACUUUCUGUAUACGAGUUGACAAAUACAAUUAGGUGUCCAUGUAGUAAAUGCAAGAAUAGAGUACACUUAUCUGCUGAUGAUGUUCGUGUUCACUUGUAUAAGAAAGGAUUUGAACCGUAUUAUUGGGUAUGGACUUGUCAUGGUGAACCUAUUCCUACAGUAAACGAGCAAGUUUUGGAGACACGUAACGAAAAUAAUCAAUAUGAAACAAUGGUGUUUGAUGUAGGUGGUUCAUCAUUUAUUCCAUUUCAUGUGGAAAAUAACCAAGAAGAAGAGCCACAUACAAGUGCACAAAACUUUUAUGAUUUAUUAAACACGGCUAGACAACCUUUGUCACCUAGUUGUGCUGAUGAAACAGAGUUGUCAUAUGCGUUGAAGAUGAUGAAUAUAAAGGCAACUUUUAACAUUCCACAGCUAGCAAUGGAUCAAAUAUUUGAGUACAAUAAGCAUAUAAUGGGUCCAAAUAAUCGAGUGCCAUUUAGUUAUUAUGAUUCAGAGAAAUUGAUUUCAAAGCUUGGGCUUGAUCAUGAAAAGAUUGAUUGUUGUGUUAAUAGUUGUAUGUUGUACUAUAAGUCUGAUAUCAAUGAGAGACAUUGUAAGUUUUGUGGCGAGGCUCGAUUUAAACCACGACCGCCUACUUGUGCUCGUGGGAAAGAAGUUCCUAAGAAAAUGAUGCAUUACUUGCCUCUCAUCCCUAGAUUGCAACGAUUGUAUGCAUCACAAAAUUCUGCUGAGCACAUGAGGUGGCAUUAUGAAAAUCACCGUCAACCAGGUAUUAUGUGUCAUCCUUCAGAUGGUGAAGCGUGGAAACACUUUGAUACUCAGUAUCCUGACUUUGCAGCAGAUCCUCGGAAUGUAAGACUAGGUUUGUGUGCUAACGGAUUUUCUCCUUUUGGUUUAAAUGCUAAAUCAUAUUCUUGUUGGCCGGUUAUGGUUGUUCCAUAUAAUCUUCCACCUUCAAUGUGCAUGACUACCCCGUAUAUAUUCUUAACUUGUAUUAUUCCUGGGGAACACAACCCAAAGGCAAAUAUUGAUGUGUAUCUGCAACCUUUAAUCGAUGAGCUUCAGUUGCUAUGGGAUAUAGGGCUUUUAACUUAUGAUGUCUCAUUAAAGAAAAACUUUAUGAUGUGA